CCACGACAGGAGCACAGAGGGCGACGUACUUUACCACGAACACGCGAGGUCCGGGGCCUAAGAGUGCCGAAACGCAGCGCGGGAUCCCGCGGCCCUUGCCGCCCACGCUGGAAAGGAGAGCUGCAGUCUAGGACCAGCCAGCCAGGCCUCCAGCCCCGGCCUGGGGGCGGAGUCUGAGGGCGGUGGCGUGCGCUGGGCGGGCCGGGGGGCGGGCCGACGGGAGGGGGCGCGGGUACGCAGCAGGGUCUCAAAGGCUGAGGCGCCGGCCGCCCUGAGGCCCGGAGCAAGGCUGACCCAGCGCCGCACCAUGGACUCGCGACCCGAGGAGUAUGAGCUCAAUGGCGACGUGCGCCCGGGCUCGCUUGGCUCCCCGGACGCCUCGGACUUGAUUCCUAGGCCACCCCGCUGGGGCAGGAACCAGCCCAUCAACAUGAACCAUUAUGCCAAUAAGAAGAGUGCGGCCGAGAGCAUGCUGGACAUCGCACUGCUGUUGGCCAACGCCUCCCAGCUGAAGGCUGUCGUCGAGCAGGGCCCUGGAUUCGCCUUCUUCAUCCCCCUGGUGGUCCUCAUCUCCGUCUCCCUCAUGCUGCAGAUUGGUGUGGGCGUGCUGCUCAUCUUCCUUGUCAGGUAUGACCUCAACAACCCUGCCAAGCAUGCCAAGCUGGACUUCCUCAACAAUCUGGCCACCGGCCUGGUCUUCAUCAUCGUCGUGGUCAACAUCUUCAUCACUGCCUUUGGCGUCCAGAAGCCCACGAUGGACAUGGCACCCCGGCAGUAGGGGCUCGGAUGCCCCCGGAUCGUGCCUGGCCGCAGCUGCCUAAACCCAGGAGGCGCCUUGCCCUUGAGGCCCACCCUCCUGUGCGCGCAUUCCCCCAAACCGCCACAGCCCAGGCUGGCCCCACUGGACUGCAUCCAAGCAGGCCACCCACGGUCAGGCCACUCUGGCCAGCACAGGGCCUGCCCCAUCCUCAGCUGCUCCUCCUCCUGGAGCAUGGCGCGGUGAGGCCCAGAAGACAGAACUGUAGAGUCCUCAGCAAGGGUCAUCGCUGCCGUGGACAUGCAGCAGGCGCAAGGAUGGGGGGACAAGAGGCUGGCGCCGUCUCAGGACAUUUCCAGAGGGAUGAGGAGGCGCCUGCCCUCUGCCAGUGCAGCAGUGUCCUGGCCUUGUGUGCUGCCCACCCUGAGUGACCCAUGACCUCUGCACUUCCUGACCCAGGACCGUAGACCACCAGAGACCCCGUGGGACCCCCACCGUGGCCACUGACUCAGGCCUCACACCCUCUACCAGCAGUGACUCGGCAGGGCCCUACCCCUCCUUGGCGGUCUGAGCCCCCACUUUUCUAAGUACAAGUAACCAGUAAAGCUGAUGCUCCUCCUCA